UCUCCUGAUCCUUCUACAUUACCUUCAUAAUUAAUUCCAAUAACCAUUCUGAUAUACGUACGUCUGCCAGUCAGCUGCAGUCUAGUGCUAAUUCACGGCUACUGCCAUGUCCCUCGUCCUUCAUUUGUUUCUUUUUACUUCAUUAAUCUUCAGCCAGUUAAUAGCCACGGCUUAUUCUUUCCGGCCAGUUAUCGAAGCACAAGACCCUCUACCCCACUUAAAGAAUCCAAACCAAUGCACAACUAAAUGCGGCAACUUUCAGAUACCAUUCCCAUUCUACCUCAAUGCUACUUCCUGCCCCACACUUUCAGAUGCUUUCCGCCUUUAUUGCGUCAAUUCCUCCUCACUUUUCCUUAACAUUGCUUCCGGGAGCUAUCGUGUACUCCAAUUCUUACCUGACGGGGUAUUAGUUGAUUUCCCCAACACCUCCAUGUGUCGCCAGUACAAUGACUUAAAGUCCUUCUCCUUCUCCGGCAAUGAAUACUUUGGCAUCUCCACCGACAAUGUGCUCGAUUUGUAUGACUGUGAGGACUCUUCUCUGUGCAAAGCAGACUGUGAGAAAACUUCACUAAUGCCUGGUUGCGAGGGGCAAGCUGGCGGCUAUCCUUCUUGCUGUUAUCCAUUGUCCGACCGGAGUGCCUGGCGCCCAGGUGAUAGCUUGUCAGAGUUUUCGCAAUUCGGGUGCAGAGGAUUUUCAUCUUGGAUUGUUUUGCCCGGAAGCAGAAUUGGCAAGCGUGGUGUAAAGUUGGAAUGGGCUGUUCCAAGAAACUCAACCGAAGCCACUUGUGCUGCCAAUGCCGACGUCCUCAAUGCCACUUCUGUUGCAUCCGGCAUCAGAUGUCAAUGCCCCGACGGAUUUUUCGGUGAUGGGUUCCCUGUUGGAGCUGGAUGCCUCAAAUCCUGCUUGAAGGAUGGAAAGGAAGUUCACGGGCAUGAUUGUUACCGCCGGAACAACAAUGGUAGAAAGAAGGCAAUAAUUUUAGCUGUGGUAAUAAUUUCAGCUCUGACUGUUGUCUGCAUGACGGCACUUUGUCUUUCAAAACGGCCUAUUAGGUCAGAUAAGUUUGUCUCCGAUCAAUCCCAUUGCCAAAGUGCCAUCUUGUCUCAGAAAGCUUGUCGGUCCCGGUUAUUUACAUACCAUGAGCUUGAGGAAGCCACCAAAGGGUUUGUGGACGGGCAGAAAAUUCUUGAUGGCGCUAAGACAACACUCUAUGCUGGAGUCCUUAUGGGGGGAUCACAUGUAGCUGUACAAAGGAUUCAGUGUGAGAGUGAAAGAGACCUCAUUCGAGUUUUAUUCAGAGUGGAGUCAUUGUCUGCUCUCUCACAUAGAAACCUUGCACGCAUUAUGGGAUGGUCCAUAGACUCUGGCUACACUCCCCUGGUGGUAUAUGAUUAUCCUGUAAAUGGAACCUUUAAGCAGCAUUUGAUUCGUGCCAGAGAUCAGAAGAUACCUCUUGACUGGUACAGAAGAUUGAAUGUUGCUGCUGAAACUGCAUGCGUUCUCGCAUUCCUCCACCAUGAAAUUUCACCUCCUAUCUUCCACCAUGAUCUUCAAUCAGGUUGCAUCUUUUUAGAUGCGGAUUUCUCUGUGAAACUUGCUGGUUUUGAACUACAUAAUACUGACAAUGAGGAAAUUUAUCAUCCGAGUGAAAUGUUUGAAGGUUCACAUUGCAGGAAGAAUGAUGUUUACAGCCUUGGUGUAGUCCUUCUAGAAAUUAUCACAGGCAACACAAUGGUCAACUUUUCAACAAUAGCUUUGCAAAAGAUAAAGAACGGAAAGCUAGAAGAGAUUGUGGAUCCGAGUCUGUACUAUCAUGAGCAACCACCACUUGGGAGGGAGCAGAUAGAAAUAAUUGCUGACCUUGCAACUAGGUGCUUACUGUUUGGUGCUGAUGGAAAACUUGGUAUGGCAGACGUUGCAAGGGAGUUGGUGCAUAUCACAAAAGACAGUGUUGAUGGAAGUAGUAGAAGAGGACCUGCAUUGGAGGAAACAUUUUCCAAUUCAAGCCUGCUUCAAAUGAUAUCGAUGUCACCAGAUUCUAUUUACUUGCCCUAAUACAACCAUUCCACAAGUUGGUGUCAAAAGUUGCUCGCAAAAGGUUUGUUGCAGAGUUUCUUGAACUACUCUCAGGUCAGAUGCUGCUUCUACGAUUGUACAUUGAGCAAAUACACAAAAUUAUUUCUGGUCCUAUACAUAUGCCAUUGACAAAAGGCUACAGUAAGAAUUACUGCGCUCCAUGUCUAUAUGUGUCUCAGGAAUCAGAACCUUAGCAAAGUUUUGGAGGAUAUAUGAAGCUGAUCUUUAUAAGUUUUCUUCUUUUAAGUAUAUAUUAUAAACCGGCAAAACAACACAUCUCCCUUUUGACUUGUUGGAUUGUGCAUGUGGCAUAGCGGAGCGUCACAACCUUUGUCAUCAGGUUUAUUUUCUUUUAGAGUUAGUAGAAUUUUUUGUUA